AUGAAUGAAUCCCAGGGGUCAGUAUCGUUCAGGGAUGUGGCCGUGGACUUCACCCAGGAGGAGUGGCAGCAGCUGGACCCUGAUGAGAAGAUGACCUACAGGGACGUGAUGCUGGAGAACUACAGCCACCUCGUCUCUGUGGGGUAUGACAGCACCAAACCCAACGUGAUCAUCAAGUUGGAGCAAGGAGAAGAGCCAUGGGUAGUAGACAGCAAGUUCCUACAGCAGCAGCAUCCAGAAAAAGUCUGGAAAGUUGGUGACCUGAUAGAGAGAAUCCAAGAAAAUGAGGAUGAAUGUUCAAGGCAAGCUGUAUCAAUCAACAGCAGAACCCUGACCGAGGAGAGAGAGGAUGCAUUUGAUAAAACAUAUAACAUGGAAACAAGUCUUGCUCCUUCAAAUCUAAUGUCUCAUAAUUGUGUCUCAUGUGGGAAGACUUUGGAAUCUACUUCAGAAUUAAUUAUUAGUGAUGGAAGCUAUGCAAGAAAGAAACCUGAUGAUGAGUGUGGAAAAUCCUUCUGCAAAAAGUCAAAAUUCAUUAUACAUCAGAGGGCUCACACAGGAGAGAAACCUUAUGCAUGUAACGUAUGUGGGAAAUCCUUCAGCCAAAAAGGAACUCUCACUGUGCAUCGGAGAUCACAUUUAGAGGAGAAGCCGUAUAAAUGCAAUGAGUGUGGGAAAACCUUCUGUCAAAAGUUGCACCUCACACAGCACCUGAGGACUCAUUCAGGAGAGAAGCCCUAUGAAUGUAAUGAGUGUGGGAAAACCUUCUGCCAAAAGACACAUCUCACCCUACACCAGAGAAACCAUUCAGGAGAAAGACCCUACCCAUGUAGUGAAUGCGGGAAAUCCUUCUCCCGUAAGUCAGCUCUUAGUGACCACCAGAGAACCCACACGGGAGAGAAGCUUUACAAAUGCAAUGAAUGUGGGAAAUCCUACUACCGGAAAUCCACCCUCAUCACACAUCAGAGAACACACACAGGAGAGAAGCCCUACCAGUGCAGUGAGUGUGGGAAGUUCUUCUCUCGGAAGUCUUAUCUAACAAUACAUCACAGGAUCCACUCGGGAGAGAAACCCUAUGAAUGUAGCAAGUGCGGGAAAGUCUUCUCUCGGAUGUCAAACCUCACUGUGCACUACAGAAGCCAUUCGGGAGAGAAGCCCUAUGAAUGUAAUGAAUGUGGGAAAGUCUUCUCUCAGAAGUCAUACCUCACUGUGCAUUACAGGACUCAUUCAGGAGAGAAGCCGUAUGAAUGUAAUGAGUGUCCCAACAAUGAGUCACUGGCCCGCGUCCAACGGGAGCGUCCCAUGGGAGUUCGUGAUCCUGGGCUUCUCGGGGUGGCCCCGGAGCUACAGGCGCUGCUCUUUGCCCUCCUCCUGCCGCUCUAUCUGGCCACGCUGACGGGGAACCUGCUGAUUGUGGGCCUGGCCGUGGUGGACGCCGCCCUGCACACCCCCAUGCACUUCUUCCUGGGGGCCCUGUCUGCCGUGGAGGUGGCCUACACACUGGCGCUGACCCCACCCAUGCUGGCCGGCUUCCUCCUGCCGCCCGGGGGCCAGGCGGUGGGCCCCUCCACCUGCGCCGCCCAGAUGGGCCUCUCUGUGGCGCUAGGGGCCGAGAGCCUGCUGCUGGCGGCCAUGGCCCUGGAGCGCUACCUGGCCAGCUGCCACCCCCUCUACUACCCUCAGCUCAUGACGGCGGGGCUCUGCUGGUGCCUCCUGGCCUGCUGCGGCCUGGGCGGCUCUCUCCUGGCCUUGGGCCUCACCACGGCCAUCUUCCAGCUGCCCUUCUGCCACGGGGGCCUGGUCAACCACGUCUUCUGCGACCUCCCGGCGGUCUUGGUGCUGGCCUGCGGCGACCGGGACCUUCAGGAGUGCGUCCUGCUGGCGGCCUGCCUGCUGCUGCUGGUGCUGCCGCUGGCCCUCAUCCUGCUCUCCCACGCCCGGGUGCUGGCGGUCAUCCUCGGCGUGGGUGGCGCCGCGGGCCGCCGCAAGGCCUUCAGCACCGUGGCGUCCCACCUGACGGUGGCCGUGCUGCACUACGGCUGCGCCACGGCCAUGUACGCCCGGCCCCUGCACAGCCGCUCCCUGGAGGAGGACAAGCUAGUCUCGCUCAUCUACAUCAGCCUCACCCCGCUGCUCUACCCGGCCAUCUACACGCUGCGGAACCGCGACGUGCAGGGCGCGCUGUGGCGGGCCGUGGGUCCCAGGACGCCAGGCGCCACCCACCAGGCUGAUGCCGCCUAA